AUGGUCGACACAAUUCCAGACGUCGCGGACUCCAAGUCGCGCAAGAGCGAUGUUGAACAUGUCGAGCAAGAUCUCCAGAAGCCGCAGCUUUUGCAUGAAGACGGCCAGCAAGAAUUCCCAGAGAUCUAUCUUGAAGCGCUGGCACGGUACCCAAACGACGAAUCAAUUGAUCAAGCCGAUGAGAGGCGUCUUCUCCGCAAACUCGACAUGAGAAUCUUGCCACUUCUUGGAAUCUGUUACUUCUUCUACUACGUCGACAAGACCACCCUAUCUUACGCGGCGAUUUUCGGAUUAAAGGACGGCCUCAACCUGAAAGGCGAAGAAUACUCAUGGCUUUCCAGUUGCUUCUACUUCGGCUGGCUCGUCUGGGCUAUCCCGUCCAACCUGAUUAUGCAACGCUGCCGCCCAGCUUGGUAUCUCUCUUUCAAUAUCUUCAUGUGGGGCGCCCUUCUUAUGGCCCAGGCCGCGGCUAAGAACUUCGGCGGUCUUCUCGCCCUCCGCGUACUCUCCGGUGCCUUUGAGGCCAUCGCAGAUCCUGCUUUCAUGUUGAUCACAUCGAUGUACUACACGCGAUCUGAGCAGCCCUCUCGUAUCUCAGCGUGGUAUGCUUGGAAUGGAAUUGGUGUUGCUGGUGGCGGUCUUAUUGGAUACGGUAUUGGACACAUUAAAGGCGCCCUGGAGCCGUGGCGCUACGAGUUCCUUGUUGUCGGUGCUUUUUGUGCGUUCUGGGCAAUCAUCCUCGCUCUCUGCCUCCCCAACUCUCCGCGAACCAUCUGGGGCUUCAAUCACGAAGAGAAACUCAUCAUGAUUGCUCGCAUGCGUCGCAAUCAAACUGGCAUCGAGCAGCGGCGUAUUAAUUGGGGACAAAUCAAGGAGGCUUAUAUGGAUUACAAAACUUGGCUUUUCACCUUGUUAGGCUUCGUUUCCAACGUUCCCAACGGUGGCAUCUCCAACUUCUCCACACUUGUUAUUAAGGGUCUUGGCUUUGGGACGCUUGAGACGGCGCUGCUUGGCAUCCCGCAAGGCGCUCUUGUGGUAAUCUGGAUUGGUCUUGGUGCCUUGGCGAACAGGUACAUGCCGGCCAACAGUCGUACAUUGGCUUCCUUCGUCAUCUCUCUUUCGCUAAUCACAUCGAACACUGGCGGCCAAUCAAAGAAGAUGAUUGUCUUCGGCAUGAUUUGGUUUGGCGCUUGCAUCGGCAAUAUCGCAAGUCCGUUUUUUUACAAGACGAAUCAGGCUCCCUCGUAUCACCUCGGUAUUGGUUCACUCUUGGUUGCAAAUUGCAUUGAGCUUGCCCUCUUCUUUGUCUUUCGGUAUGCCUUUAUCUGGGAGAACAAGCGCAAAGAGAAGCAAAGAGAAACUUUGCGUGCAAAUGGCAACUAUACCGCGGACGAGCUCAAUGCCACAGCAUUUACAGACCUGACUGACAAGGAGAAUCCCAACUUUAUGUACGUAUAUUGA